AUGGAUAUGGAAAAUGGUCAAGUUCAAUCAGCUACUGUUACUGUUAAUCAGCAACAACAAUACUCGAAUCCCAUAGAUUCAGACAUUCCUACUCCAAGUAGUGUUGUUAAUGGAGAUGAGAAUGCACUUCCUUCACCACAAGGAUUCGAUACUAUUAAACAACCGACUGCUGAUGAAUCAGAUAAUAAUGUAAAAGAGAGCAACGAUCAAAUCAACUCAGCUACUCCAAGUGUUAAUAGAGAUUACAAUGCAUCUUCAGCACAAGGAUCUAAUACAUUUAAACAACCAAUUGCUGAUGAAUCAGAUAAUAAUGUUAUAGAGAGCAACGAUUCCCAAUUAGCAGACAACACAGAUGGCGAUCAGCUAGUUACAUCUUACCAUACAGAGUUCAACAGCCAAAGUGAUUACCCUGGAAUGUUUGUAGUGAAGCCACCACUCAAUCAUGCGGAACCUGAACAAGAUUUUGUUUUUUCACAUCAUCCUGAUGGAUUAACGCUUCAUGUUCCUCCAAACAUCGGAUCUUUAAUCAUCGACAAUUCACAAAUGAACCAAGUGCUUGAUGUCACCAUUCAAAACAACAGUCCAGAUCUUGAAAUCGGGAGUCGUGCUGUGGAGCAAGGUGGUGAAACGGCGGCAACAAGUGGUCGGAGUUUGGACAUUGUUAAAAGCAUUGUCUACGGUGGGCUUUUAGAAGUAAUCGCAAGUCUAAGUGUUGUGGCUUCUGCAGUUGGUGCUGAUGCUUCCACAUUGAAUGUGUUGGCAUUGGGAUUGGCCAACAUAUUUGGCGGAUUGCUGGUGAUUAGUCAUGAUCUUUGGGACCUGAAAAACGAAGGCAGAGGAUCUUCUCCUUCAGAAGAGGAUCGAUACCAGCAACUUUUGGGGCGAAGAGUGGAUUUCCCGCUUCACGUGUUGGUUUCUCUGUUAUCGUACCUUGUAUUUGGGUUCCUUCCACCGGUUGUAUACGGGUUCUCAUUCCGUGAGAGCAACGACAAAGAUUUCAAGCUUCUGACGGUGGCUGCCGCUUCGAUUGUGUGCAUCAUGAUACUGGCGGCCGGAAAAGCGUAUGUGCAGAGCCUCAACAGGUCUUAUAUCAAGACUAUUUCCUACUACAUGGCGUUUGGGUUUGCGGUGUCGGGUGUUUCUUAUUUGUUUGGUGGGUUGAUUAUGGAGUUGUUGGAUACGAUCGGUUUAUUCCCACCGGCUUCGGGUCCAGUUUUGAACCCGAGUUUUCCUUUUCAUGGAGCGGGUGCAGACCCGACCCUACUUGCAACGUAUUAGUCAAUAUUCUGGAAGGGAGUGGGAGGGAUUUUUAUGAUUUUCUAGUUUUGACUUUGAGUUAUAGCUUGGAACUAGGUGAAUUUUGUUGCUCUCUAUUUUGUGCCUGAGGUUUGAGGUUUUGCAUUGCACAUCAUUUAAAUGUGUGUAAGUUUUUAAAAGUAAUAAACUCAUAAAAUGACACAUCUAAAUAAAAAAAAUAUGCUACCUAAUAAUUUUGUUAUAAUA